AUGUCUGGUCUUAAAUACUUAAGCAAGGCAGACGAGGUCGUUGUCGAAAGGCAUUUGCCUAGAGACAUCUCGAAAGCUGUCGCACGACUCCUCGUCGCCCACCCGGACCCUACAAAAUGGCAACCCACUGGUCUGCAAGGUGUAAUAGCUCUAUGCGAAGACACGGUUGGACAUUGCUUUUGGCUAAAAAUGGUCGACAUCUCGCCCGGUGGAAGUGGCAGUGUGAUCUGGGACCUUGAGAUCGAACAGAACUUCGACUAUAUUAAAGAAAGAGAAUUUUUCCACUCAUUCGUUUUUGACGGUGUUUUGUUUGGGCUCUUGUUCGCUGAUUUGAAAGAGGCCAAGGAGUUCCUUGCUGCGAUCGAGAAGCGUGAGAAGAUCGCAAGCAAAGAGACGAAAAGGAACCCGUACAAGACAUAUGAAAAUGGAGCCCUUCUUGCGGACCCCCAUGCUUCCCAUGAGAAAAAAACCAAAUCCCGGUUUGGAAGCUUGUUGCACCGCUCAUCUCAUAACCCCAAUCCUACUCCCGUGCAGUCAAUAAUACCAGUCGCGCAACCUCCAUCGCAUGCCUCAUCGUAUGCUCCAUCGCAACCCCCGGCACAACCUCCGGCGCAUCCUCCGGCACAAACAUCCAGCUCGGCUCCAAAGGGACUGUUAUUUGACCCCCAAGAUCCGCAAUGGAAAUGGCUGGUAGAUCAACUCUUUGACAUGGGAAUUACGGGAGACCAAAUUGUUGAGAAUGCCGACUUUAUCAAUGAUUAUAUUGAACAACAAGGUUUUCUCUCAGCUGCUCAAGCUCCCGCCUCUACUGGGGAUCAAGAGAAGCCCAGGGCAGCUCCCCCACCUCCUCCAGGCCCUCCGGCUCCAAAGAUCCAAUCAAUUAGCCCCCAGGACACAGGUAGUAGCUCAGGAAGUCGGCGUGGUCCUCCACCACCGCCACCACCGGCUCGAAAGGCUCGUGGCGAUGGUGCAGACGAUUCAACUCCACCGCCGCCACCCCGUGAACCAUCACCGCCAGCUCGGAGGUUUAACGUUCCACCCCCCUUCGCGGAUGCAGGCAAGUCUGUAGUACCGGAGGGGCCUGCCGAACGCCGGCGCCCACGAGCAAUUUCGAGUGCUGCCAAUCCUCCCCCGCCGCCGCCACGACCUCCGAAGACACCGAUGGAUGAAACACCCACUCGAUUCGGAGUUCCCCCUCCAUUCAUGGGCGACCGCAAGGUCUCUGCACCCCCUGCACCCCCUAGCCGCAGCCCUGUUCCUGGCGGACCUCCACCUCCACCACCUCGUGGAGAUAUUGCGCCUCAGCUUCCCCCUAAGGUCCCGAAUAGUGCUGCUCCAGGGCAUCCUCCCCCUCCGCCUGUCAGAGGACCGGCCUCUCCGCCCCCACCACCAGCUCCUCGACCAGCUCCGCCAUCAUUUGCGCCUGCUUUACCUCCUCCUCCGCCGCCUCGAGGCCCGGCUUCACCUCCACCGACAAAUUCAUACACCGCUCCACCACCCCCUCAACUUCCAACCCGGAAUGUGCCUUCAGUCCCACCUCCACCUCCUCCACCCGGUGGUCCAACUGGGGGCCCCCCACCCCCUCCAAUGCGCAAUGUACCUUCAAUGCCGCCACCCCCUCGUCCUUCUGGGGGCAACUCUUCUGUACCUCCACCCCCACCUCCCCCUGGACCAGGUCCUGGUGCACCUGGAGGAGCCCCGCCGCCUCCUCCUCCUCCUCCUCCUCCAACCGGGAACCCAGGUCCAGUCCCACCACCACCACCACCUCCGCCUACUGGCGUUCCAGGGGGACCUCCUCCCCCGCCAGCUCCGCCUCGCGGACCACCACUGCCAUCUGGCGGAGGUGGUCGAGACGAUCUUCUGGCUGCUAUUCGUGGUCAAGGAGGAGGUGGCUUGCGGAAAGUCAGUGCCUCGGAGAAGAAAGACCGAAGCGCAGCUAUGGUUCCUGGCAGCGCUGCUGAGUCAUCUGCUGGCGCAUCUAGCUCAGCUGCUCCACAGGGUGGCUUGGCUGGUGCCUUGCAGGAUGCUUUGAAGAAGCGGAAGCAGAAAGUUAGCGGAAGUGAUGAUGAGAAGGAGGAUGAUGACGAUUGGUAG